AUGGCUGCCACUGCCGGCGGCAGUGCUUUGAUGGCAGCAGGAAGCUGGCUGGGGCUGCAUGAGCAGCGCCAGGCCGAGCAGCAGCAAGGAGCAGGAGCAGGGGACAGCCAGCAGGAGGAGGGCACAGAGGGAGACCCGCAGCAGCAGCAGCGCGAGGAGUGGCUGUGCCAGCCCUGCUGCAACAAGGCCUACGAGACGUUGCCAGUGGGCGGUGCUGCAGCAGCGGAGGGCGCCAUCACCCCUGUUGGGGGCCCGGCUGCUGCUGCAGGGCAGCGCAUUACGGAGAAGCGGCCCUGCUAUCCGGACGAGGGCGAUGGGCACUUUCAGCGCAAGCAGUCACAGCACCAGCCCGAGAACGCCCCACAGCUGGUGCAGCAGUUGGCGCCGCAGCAGCUAGUGCAGGCACAGCUCUCGAACCAGCCGCCGCCACAGCAGCAGCAGCAGCAGGCCCAGCAUCCGCCAACCCUGCCCCAGCCCCAGCAGCAGCAGCAGAACCUGUAUUCCCUGCUGCUUGAUGCAACAGAGCAUGCUGCGGCGGCUGCGGCCGGGCUGACCCCAGAGCUGGCAGCAUCCUUCAUCGGCCUGCCCUCGCUACCACCUGAACAGGAGGAGUGCCUGUGCCGCCUCCUGCACCGACAGCAGUACAGUGCAGCAGCGGCCCUUGUGCGUACCGCUCUGCACGCGGCUGGCGUGGCACUGCCAGCAGCCGGCACCUGA